GCCAUUUGAGAUAACGCGCGAGCGCAUGCGUGAACCGUGCUGUGAAUACAUGCUGUGUUGUGUUGUGACGAAAGGAGUUCAUUGCAAACGUGUGAUAUAUCAGCAUGGAGUACUUAAUGAAAAAGAUGUGGCUGUCUUGUCUAGUAGCGUCCUCUGUGAUCAGCAUAGCGGCGUGCGCCGGCAACGAGUAUCUCCCGCCCAGCAAAGGCUAUAGCUACAAACCUCCUCGCAUACCAUUUAUCACCCCCACGAAGCCUCCGCAGCCUCCUCAGCCGCCGGUGACGUCACCACCGCAGCGACCACAGCCGUACCUGCCGCCAGUCACCACCACCAGACCCUUCCCCAAGCCACAACCCACUCCAACGCCGCAUGUGCCAGACCAUCCCCAUGACCACCACGACCACCACGACCAUCAUGACCACCACGACCACCACCAUCACCACGAGCCAGGCAUGCCGUUCGACUUUGCGUACGCGGUGAAUGAAGAUGGCAAUGACUAUCAACAUAACGCGGUAUCUGAUGGUGACAUCACUCGGGGCGAGUACAGAGUCGCGCUGCCAGACGGCCGAGUCCAAAUCGUGAAGUACACUGCUGAUUGGAAGAACGGAUUUAAUGCUGAUGUAUCUUACGAAGGAGAGGCGAGGUAUCCUGAGCCGAAUACAAAUUCUAUCAGCUCACCGAACCAAGGCCAAGCUUAUUUACCCGCCAACCAAGGAGGCGGCUACAAAUAUUAAAUAAAAAACUCAAAAAAGAAAAAAAAGAGAUUGUACAUCGGGGUUAAAAAUAAUUUGACAAAUAAGGUUACUCUUAAUAAUGUUGUUGUUGUCUAAAAUAAUUUUAAAAAUCAAAUUAUUUUUCUACUAGAUAAUGGCAACAUUUAAAUUAAGUUACCAAUAAAGUUACCAUAAUGAUGUAAAUUAAAAUAUUUAUGGUACAUGUCAUAAAUUUAUUUUAUAACGAAUUUAUAAGUUUUUUUUAUGAAAUAUUACUCUGUUUCUAAUACAUGUUGUAUUAUAAAAUAUUUAUCAUGAAAUAGUGUACCGAUUUAAAGUAGGGUAGACAUAGAUAGGUUUUGUAAUUUCAAACAUAUGAAUACUAUUAUUUAUAACCUAAAACUCCAUAAUUUAUUUUAAAAAAAUUAUUCAUUUUAUUCCAUAGUUAACAUCCAUGAAAUAAGAUUAAUGAACAAUAUUAAAUAAGGAAGACAAUGAAUAUAUGAAACAUAGAUCCAUAUUUUUCUUUUUUUUUCCUAUGCCUCUUGAUUUAUAAAAAUACUCAUUUUUACUCUAGACAUUUCUAUGUGUUUGUGAAUCCUGUGAAA